AUGACGUUCGAGGCCGACGCCAACUCGUACGAGGCGGCCGCCGAGCGCAAGGCCGAGCAGAAGCUGCUCUUCCAUCCCUGCCGCAGAUGGUACGCCGACAAGCGGAACGUGCGCCUCCAGGCGGCGCACGGCCUCUUCCCCGCCAUGUGGAUGGAGCUGGAGGCGUGGGCCGGCUGGAAGAGCGUGCGGAAGGAGUACCUGAAGUUCCAGGACACGGGCGAGUGGGCGGGCGCCGCGCCCGCCGCCGCGCCCGCCGCGCCCGCCGCCGCGCCCGCCGCCGCGCCCGCCGUCGACGCGAAGACGUUGGAGGAGCUCCACGGCCCCCUGGGCGAGUGGUACGCGGCGUCCGAUUUGAGGGCGCGGCACGGCGCGUAUCCAGAAACGGCCGAGGCGCUCGCGGCGUGGCCCGCCUUUGGGGAGGCGACCGAGCGGUUCCUGGCCGCGACCGUCGAACCGCCGGCGCCCAGACGGAAGCGGAGCCGGUUCGGGAAGCGGGACGCGACGACGACGGAGAACGCGGCGCCGGCCUCUCUGGAAACCAAGCGGCUCGCGCGGGCGCAGCGCGAGGCCCUGGCCGCGUCGCAGCUCACGGUGGUCGCGCCCGACGCCGCGCGGCAGCUCGCGCUGGCGGCGGCGCGCGCGCGGACGGGCGCGGGCGCGCCGACGCAGGAGCGGCGGCAGGAGCUGAUGCUGCUGCAGAUGCGGCUGCGGACGCUGCAGGAGCGGACCAUGGACUUUGCCAGCGAAUUCGAAAAGUGGCGCGACGACCCGAGGCGCGUGGACCCGCCGCCGGUCUACGGCCCAGACGGCUCGCGGGCGAACACGCCCGAGGUCCUGUUUCGGCAGGAGCUCGCGCGGGAAAGGUCACUGCUCCUCAAAAAGAUCCGCGCGAUCGAACCGUCGGCCGCGACCGCUUUGGGCGACGCGCCGGCGCGACCGUCGCGGCGAUUGUACAUCCCCCAGAAGGAGUUCCCGAACGUGUGCUUCAUGGGCCUCAUCCUGGGCCCGCGCGGGAACCACCACAAGCGCAUGGAGGCCCAGACCGGGUGUCGCAUACGCGUGCGAGGGCGCGGCUCGCUGCGGGAGGGGUCACGAGGAAGGGACGCGCAGCGCGACUUCGAGGACGACCAGGACGACAUGCACGUCUUCGUCGAGGGCCCGACGGAGGCCCAGGUCCAGGAGGCCUGCGCGCUCAUCGAACCCCUGUUAAAUCCGGAGUCCGGCAAGGUCGACGAGCUCAAGGAGAAGCACCAGACGGAACUGGCCGAGAUCAACGGCACGCAGCGCCAGGAGACCUACUGCCACAUUUGUGGAGAGAAGGGCCACCUGCAGUGGGAGUGCCCCGCGAAGCAGCGGAGCUACGCGAUGGCGAACGUGCGGUGCGCGCUGUGCGGCGACACGUCGCACCCGACGCGCGACUGCGUCCUCAACAAGAACGGCGCCGCGGAGGCGGUCGAGACCGGCGCGCAAGAGGCGCCGGUCAAGGUCGACGCCGAGUUCCUCGACUUCAUGUCGGAGCUCGGCGCGGAGCCCGGGCUCGGUUUCAAGAAGCCGGAGGCCGUCUCUGCGCAAGUCGCGGCGGCGCCGCCGCCGCCGGUUCCGGCGCCCACGAAUCUCCAGGCGCAGCAGCAGCAGCGCUACGGGUCCUACUACCCCGGGUAUCAUCCGCCCGCCUAA